AUGGUUCCGGCUCUAAUCUCGGCUUCCACCUGUUCCCCAGCUCCGAUGAGCUGGGAGAAAUUCACGUAUGGGUAUGAGAUCAGAUAUCUAGAAAUGCUUGGGUUUGCAGAGUGGACGAUCAUGGAUAUCUACUUUUCGUCAUCGAUGGGGUUUCUCAUUCGGGCUGCCAUGGCCCGCUAUCGCCCUACGUAUGCUGAUAAUGACUCGCCGCUUUUCUGUCUCAGGGUAGCUAAGUCUGCCCUUCUCAAAGCCAUGUUCAAGUCAUAUGAAAAUUUGUCAAUGAAUGCCUGGGAGAGUCUCUCCCAAGUCAUCAGUACUGGUGUCGGUGUUGGCAUAGGUGUUGGUUCUGAUGCUGUGGUUCAGAAACUGGCGAAGCCAGUAACUCUUCUUCAUGGGUUGCCUGAGAAGUCAUGGCUACCCGGGAUCGAGUGGUCAUGGUUCGAAUUGAUGCCUAAGCAACUGUCCCCAGAAGAUCACACGUGGGCCGCGAGCGGUGGCAUUCCAAGUACCGCCGGCAGUAGUCAAACUACCGCCGACGAUAGUUGGACUACCGUUCGUCUACUGAGAGGAGCUUUUCAUUUUCAUGCUUUUGAGGAGAUGUGUGGUUAUACUAACCAAGACUUCCAAAACUUGGAUGGAGAAGUGAUAGAUGACUGCGAAGAAGAUGAAGGACAAGGAAUGCUUGAAGAUAGUGAAAAUGGAGACAACGAAAAAAAUUUUACAGUAACAAAGGGUUGUUGGCUACCCAUUGAUGAGAAUUCUUUUCCAAGACCCAAAUUCUCUCUGCAAGCAGUAACAGAUUAUAUUGAUCCCACAAAAAAGGCGCAGAAAACUGAAAUCACUCUUAAUGUGAAGCUGCAUCUUUUGGCCAUGGGUUGGAAGAUUGCAUUCAAAGCAUAUGGGAAACAACCUCGAUAUCGUUACACUUCACCUGAUGGAAGUCCGUUCUACUCUCUACAUAUGGUUUGCACAUAUUUGAAGGAAUAUGAAAGAAACAGUCAGAAUAGAAGUUUAUGCAGGGAGAAACAGACAUUGAAUGGAAUUGUUGAAGAAGAGCGAGUAGUUGGAAUUAGUAAUCACCUUCCAUCUGGCAUAAAAAAACGUAGAAGUUUAGGCAGAAGGAAACGGACAUCUUUUCAUGGAAUUGUUGAAGAAGAGCGAGUAGUUGGAAUUAGUAAUCACUCUCCAUCUGGACGAAAACGAGUCUCUUCACAUGGAGCAGCUGAAGAACGAAGCAUUGUAUGCUAUGAUCCUCAUCCUCUCAUGAAAAGGCAGUUAGAACGUUCUGAGGAUUUGACUAUCAAAUCAGCAUUCUGCCCUCAAGCAAUAAUAGAUUACUGUAUGACGUUUAAGAACAAAGACCUGAAUGUGGACAUGCAGCAAGUAAGAUUAAAUGCAAAGAAGCACCUUUCGUCCGCAGGAUGGAAGUUUUGGUAUGUAUACAGAACGACGAAGCAGGAGUUACGUUAUUGUUCACCCAAAGGGAAGAUCUUUUGUUCUCUUCUGACUGCUUGCAAGGCGUGGAUGGAAAAUGAAGGGAUUCUUUAUGAAUUCGAGGACCUUACAACCAGUAUGGAAAAAGAGAGUAAUCAAUCUACUGAAAUGUUAUGUCCUGAGUUCGGGGGAAGUUCUUUUGAACCUCUUUGUCAUCAGAAUGCUUCUGUAGUUGCAAACGAUAGACAAAAUGGAUUGGCAGUUGCUAUUUCUUGCCAGCAAAAGCUAAGACAUCCAUUAGAUUGCUCUGAUGGUUCUCAGAUUCUGGAAAAGGGGAAGGCGUCUCAAUCUCUUACCGAACAAGACAAUAAAUCAGAAUGCAGUUACUCGAAGCACCUGGUGCGACCACCACAGAAGAGACCACGAAGCAAGCACAACGCACGCCUGUGUUUGCUGAUAGAUAAGGGCAUGGUACUGCCAGGGCAGAAGGUGCGCUACAUGCAUAAGAAUGGCCAUACUGCAAUGGCGGAAGGGAAGAUAACUCGUGAGGGAAUUGAGUGUGACUGUUGCAGAAUGGUGUUUGCUCUUAGCAGGUUUGAGGCUCAUGCCAAGAGCGCUAAUCACCGACCUGCUGCCCACAUUUUCUUAGAAGACGGCAGAUCACUGUUAGAUUGCCAAAUGCAGAUAGGGCAUGACAAUAAGCUCUCAGGCAGGAAAAUGAAUAGCACCAGAUCACUUCUUGAAGGCGACAGCAUAUGCUCCAUCUGUCAUGACGGGGGUGAUUUGGUGUUAUGUGAUCACUGCCCAUCGUGUUUUCAUUUGAACUGUAUUGGUUUAAAGGAACUGCCUGAAGGAGAAUGGUUUUGUCCAUGUUGUCGAUGUGGCAUAUGUGGUCAGGGAGAAUUCAACAGUGAUGGUGAGCAGUAUAGUGAGAAAACUGUUAUCUAUUGUGAUCAAUGUGAGCGUGAAUAUCAUGUGGGGUGCUUGAGAGCAAGAGGAAUGAAAGAGCUAGAUACUUGUCCCAGAGGAAAUUGGUUUUGCAGUGAAAAAUGCUCAGAGGUAUAUGUUUGUCUCCACGAACUUCUUGGGAAGUCAAAUUCAACAUGUGUAGAAGGUGUAUCUUGGACAUUGUUGAGAUCAAGAGAAGGGAAUGGCAGCAAUCUUGAUAUGUCCGAUGUUGAGGCUAUGACUGGGAACAGCAGCAAGCUCUAUGCUGCACUUAAAGUAUUGCAUGAAUGUUUCACACCAGUCAUUGAACCCCUCACAAAGAGAGAUCUUCUCACAGAUGUGGUUUUCAAUAGAGGGUCGCAACUAAAUCGGCUGAAUUUUCAGGGUUUCUAUACUGUGCUUUUGGAGAAGGCUGAUGAACCGGUAGCUGUGGCUACAAUUCGGGUCUUUGGUGGAAAGGUUGCAGAAGUGCCGUUAAUUUGUACCCUUAAUCAAUAUCGCCGGCAGGGGAUGUGCCGCCUUGUCAUGAAUGAAUUGGAAAAGAUGCUCUCUUAUAUGGGGGUGGAGAGGCUGUUUUUGCCAGCAAUUCCUCAGACUCUAGAGACAUGGACUACUGCCUUUGGGUUCACCAAAAUGACAGGUUCUGAAAGAUUAGAAUUUUUGCAUCACGUGUUUCUUGAAUUUCAAGAGACUGUUAUGUGCCAGAAACUCUUGACGGUACCUGCCACAAUGAAAACAGUGGAAUCUGCAGGAAAUAAGGAUGAAAACCUAGAUGGGAACAACGGAAGAAAUGAAGACAUGGAUUGCGAUGAUAUCAUUUCUAAACUAAUCCAGAGCAUCAAUCCUUAUGAACCAGUGUCCAACAAUCAUAAAGAAGUUGGUACAGGUGAAGAGACGACUCCUGUGCAUUUCUCAUCAAGUGGUGAUCAUUGUUCAAGUUCCAAGGCCUUUAUUCAAGAAACUGAGCUAACCAAACAGAGCAAACGGGCGAAGCAAAUAUCUGUCGAUGCCCGUUCAUGAUAACGAUAUAUCAGCAACUAAGAUAUGAUCAAGCCAAUCACUUAUAGAGUAUGGGGUACAGAUUCUUUGAAGAUGAAAAACAUUGCCGUUUUUCAGAGGUUGUACAGAUUACAUUUAGAAGAUUCGAGCAGGCGUCAUUCAUGGAGCUUAAUCCAAGGUUCUAGUUACAAACAGACACGGUCCAUUUUAGACAGGACGCACACAUGCUUCAGAAGGAUCAAGAGACAUACAUAUGCAUGGGAUCGUAUCAUGAUUCAUUUUAGUUUCCAGCUUUUUCAUUAUUUCAUUCAAAUUCCAUUUUGUUUGAAAGGGAUGAUCACCUUCAAAUGGUCAUAAUUUUGGUUAAGCUAGAAGCAACAACGGGUUCCAACAUAUAAAGUUAUACCACAUCCAGGCCAUGCAAAAUGUGGGCCCUACCAGUGAGAUCACUAGAUGAUAGAAUACAGCCUGUUUGAUUAUUAGGAAGGCUGAAAAUGUCUAAUCACUGCCAGGAGGCCUGAUCACUAGCUCUAGCUAACCUGCAGAUGGUUGUAGGUGAUCUCUAGUCUGUUUUUUUUAUUUUAUUUUAUUUUUUUUAUUUUUUAUUUUAAAAACUGUGCAGAGAGGCCAAAUUGCAGAGUGCUAACGGAAAUUGUAAUUACUUGGGAUAUAGAAAAUUCAUUGCUUGCUGAGAGUUUAAGGUCAAAGUACUUUGAAUAUGAUUUUUGGAGAGAUAAGAGAAUGAUUGUUUUAGUUGUAUGAAAUAUACAAGGGCUCCAUGUGUGUUUAGGAACUGAAGUGUGCACUGCAUAAGCUGGGUUAGAUGCUUUCUAAGUUCAUAUUGAAAUUGCAAUUUAGAGUGGCGUUUGGAUGGUACACCAAAAUCGAAUUUUGGUGGAGUACAUCAGGGGGUGGCAGCUUCAUUUUGAGCAAGGCAUGGUUUAAAAACUCAUUUGACUCGAAACAUAGUCAUGUUGGGUUGACUCAGUGAGUUCCACUAGCUCAGCUUGAUUUCUGGUCGAGUUGAGUCACCAAGUUUUAGAACUAUGUAGCAUUUUUGAGAAAGUAGUAAGGUCACCCUAUAUGGUUUUGUGUAAUGAAGAAAUGCUGUUGCUCUCGAAAUAAUGGCAGCUAUUUUCAAUUUUCUAGUUAUGUCCAUUGAAAGGUCUUUUAAUUGAAUGGCCCUGAUCAUCUUACAGAGUUUAUGUGAUUCUAAUGAAUCCUUCAUGCCAUUGCCCAAAAACUGCAGUCGUUGGAUGACUCUACCAUUCUAAGAUUGUUCAACGAGCAUGAUUUCAGGCAUUAUUGAUAUUGUGGGUCACAAAACUUCAAUUGUAACGAGUUUUGAAUGGUGACUCAGUUCAACCGACUCGUAAAACUCAACUGGGUCAACUCACCCCAG